AUGUAUACGUACUCAGAUCUUAAUGACUAUCUCCACCAGUACAUGAAAAAGAAAGGUCAUCUUACCACCGACGAUAAAACCGGUGACAAAUACCACAUUAACCUAACAUUCGUAUUGUCCACAUACAAGAUUCUUAUUCAGAUCGACAACAAUUACCAACUGGAUCGGAGAAACAGUAAAUUGGGAGAGUUGAUUGGAUUUACAGAAAAGAUUGUCAAUAAAACAGAAUAUGGGACAGUUCUUCCCAAUAUCACAAAUUCCACUGAUAUGAUCUAUAUAAACACAGACGCCAGCAUAUUGAACGGUGUUAAUAAUAAUAAUAAUAAUAAUAAUAAUAAUAAUACGUUAGCUGUUAUUCCAACUGACAAUUUGACAAGAACUUUCCCAUUCACUUUUGAACCCAGGCGACUAUUGUUUAAUGAAGUUUUGCAGCUUAAUAUUUCACAAAUGAGGUUUUACAUCACAAAUUCACUGGGGCGACCAAUUUGACUAAAUAAGCACUAUGUACUAAAAACCCAUGAAAUUCCUGUGAAUUAAUUCAUGGUAAAUUCACGGGAUUUUCAAAGGAUUUUAAUGGUAUUUUCAUGACAUGUCACCCUGGAAAAAGCAUGAAAAAAACAUUAAAAAGCCAUUAAAAACCCCUUAAUCUUUCAGUUUUCAUGGGCCAUGACCCUUAAGUUUUGGGCAAAUCCAUGAAAUACUCAUGAAACACCAUGAAAAUUUCGAGUUGCUUUUCAUGGCCUUUUAACGCCAUGAAUUACAAAGAAGGAUUUUCAUGGUGCUGUAGUUCAUGGUCUUUUCAUGAGGCCACUGAAUUCAUGGCCCAUGAAAAACCCAUGGUUAUUCCAUUAAUGUUGAAAGAUUAAUUGACCAUGAAAGAUGUUCAUAGCUUUUUGAAGGCCCAUGAACCCUUGACGAUUUGCAAGAAACAGUACAGUUAUUUCUGCAGUAAACAAAUUAAGGAAUCAAUCAAUCUUGGCAUAAUAUAUAUCAAUGAAGUUUAAGCUUAAUUACGCAUGGUUAUUAGAAAACAUACCUUUCUGCAAUAAUCCAGCUGAGUUAACUGACUUGGAUUUAUACUUUAUGUGAACACAAACUUCGCAAUUGAUCUCUUUGUCUCGAAAAUAACAUGGAUAAUAGAAAGACAAUCUUAUGAAAAUACUCUGUCGCUUGCGAAGUCCGCGUAAAUUUGAACUACUCAACGGAAGUUCAUUUCACACUUGUCUAUUGGUCCAAAAGCCGCACGUGACAAAGUAAAUCAAAUCACGUAUGUGCGAAAGUCACAUGGAAGCCUGGGAACAACAAACAUGGCGGCUAUUCGAGAACGUGCUUCAGCGUUUGGGUCGAAAGAGCGGUUAUUUUCAGCGUUGAUUCAAAUAUUCCAACGCAUUUGAAGUGUUAAAUGCAAGAGGUAAACUUAACAUUGUUUUUUUAAGUUGUGAAAGAAAAUGUUGGACUACAUUAUAAAUCAAAUUUGCGACGAAAAACGUGUUGUGGACGUUGUUCAUGUUGCCCUGCAUGUUGGACAAGCUCAGAGGUACGGAAAAUUGAUUGAACUGAAGACAUCUUGAACACACCAAGACCACGCCAUUGCUUAGACAUGAAAUCUGAGUACAACUCAGGCAUGAUAGAAUGAGAAGGACUUAAAUCAUUUACAUAGCUUUUUUAUCAAUAUAAACACUCUGUACAUCUAACAAUAAUGCAACGGUUAAGUCUGGUGUCAAAUUUAGGAACAAUUGUAUUCAUGUUCAAGUGUGAUGUUAUAAUGUUGAAGUUGCUGCAUUGAUAACUGGCUGUAGAACCAUAAUAUCAUUGUAUUUUACUAGACACCAUCAAGGCAAUUUUUAAGAUUGUAACUUCAAAGACAGUUUAAUUGAGCCCCGAGAGUUUUGUUAAGGUGAUCACUGAUCACUAUUACAGACACUGGUACAGACUUUAUUCUAGUCAAUGCCUGUAAUCAAGAGGCUUUGUUAGUCUUUGAAGCUCAUAUAUGACUGCUUUUGUAGAUUUUUUGUUAGGUAUAUGUGGAAACUGACAAGUGUCAUUCUUUGUGAAAAAAUAGCAGUUGUAAAGCAUUAAAAGCAAAGAGUGUCCCUCGUGGUACAGCAUGGCCAAAGAUUCUGAGGUUUAAUGUUGCAGUUGCUUAAUGUUAUACAGUAUUUUUAUAUAUUUUGGGGUGUGAUUCUAUCCAGGGAACUGAUUUCUUAGCAUUUUCGUGGCCCAUGAAAUCAAUGUAUUUGUUUUCAUGGCCCAACAUGGGACAUAUUUAAUGGUAUAUUCAUGACCCAUGAAAUCGAAAUUAUCAUUUCUAAUUUUUCGCGACCCCUGAAAUCUCUGAGUGUAAUUUUCAUGGCCCAUGGAAUCCAUAACACACCAACUUUUCAUGGCUCAUGAACCCUAGUGCCAGAUAUUUCAUGGCAAUUUCAUGAGCCAUGAAAACCAUUAUCAACUGUUCAUAGAAAAUUCAUAGCCUGAAAAAUAGGCCAUGAAAAUGAAGUAUCUGUACUCAGGGCCCUAAAAAAUGCUUUCCUGGGUUUUUAAUGACAUUUUCAUGGGACUUUCAUAACAUUGCAGUUCAUAGUGAAGACUGAUUGGUUUAUGACAUUGAUAUUGCGAUCUAAACCAGCAUCAUAUCUUAGGUAAUACUGUACAUGAAAAACGGGUAGAUAUGUUAAGAAGCAUAUUUAUAGAGAAGGUAUUACCGAUGUUUUCAAAACGAUCGGCAGAAAGUUGUUUGGAAAGACCAUGAAGGAAGCUGCUAAAACUGCGACCAAAACAGCCCUUCAGAAAGCUGCUACUAAGACUGGCGAAUAUGCUGGCGAAAAGGCGGGCGAUAAAAUUAUUCAGUUAUUAAGCAAAAAGAAUAAAAACACAAAAACACCAGUAGCAGCAUCACCAAUAGCAAAACCACAAUCAAGAGAGCUAAGCGAUUAUGAGAUUAAUGAGAGGGUAAAUCAAUUACUAUCUGGAGGCCGGAUGAGAAGAUUUAUCUAAUCUAUUAAUAUAAUGAAAUCUUUUAGGGAUCCAAAGUAUGUUGAACGAUAUGAAGAUGUUAUUUUUGACCUAGAAACAGCACUAAAUACACCUGUCGCCAAUGAUGCUCAUCAGAAGAAGGAUGGCUACAGAUUUGUUGUUGAUAACAGUGGAGAGGUUACACCAUUUGACUGGUACAAUGCUCGAAUCAGUAUCGAUGUUAAAGUAGUCUUACUGGCUAAUGGUGGUGACAUUGCAGUAACAGAUCAUAAUGGAAUUGUAAACCGGUCGUACUCAUUCUUGAAACAUUUUGAUAUUAAGCUAAAUGGCAAGAAAGUGUAUGAUUGUAAUGAUGCAAAUCACGCGGUUAAUAUUAAAAACUUACUCGAUUACAGUCCCGCUUACGCCGAUAAGACAGCUAGUAAUGAGUUUUUCAUCCUUGAUACAUCCAGAAAUGCGGAGGAACGGGAAUUUGAAGUUAGUGGUACAAAUCAGUUAGCCAAAAGAAGAGCAGCUUACAAUAAAGGUUUUGCCCUUCGAAAGCACUCCUGGGUACCUCAUCUACAGUAAACACCGAAAUACCACUAAACCGGUACUCAUUCUUUGAAAUGCUAGAAGACGAGCUGUUACCUAAUACAAGAGUUGAGAUGAAUUUUGAGAUUGAGUCACAUGGUAAUCUAAUUUGGCAAGCUGUUAAACAGGGCGGUAGUUUGUGGGGAUCAUUCAUCAGUUUAGGAAGCAAAUUGCUACCUAUGGCUAUGCCCCUAGCCAAAAAAGCUAUCGCACCGCUUGCAACAGGGGCGUUAUCAGGAUUAGCCAGUCUCGGUGUGGAUAAAAUAUUCGGAAAGGGACAACAAGGAGGUUUUCUUAUUCCAACAGACAAAAUGACGCAAUUGAUUAAUUACAAACAUUUACUGACCACAGGUCAGAAAAAGGAUAUUCGUAAUGCUCUCCAAACUGGCAACGGAUUAGUUAUCAGACCAACAAAAACACAGCAGGGUGCGUUUUUAGGAACUCUACUAGCGAGUAUAGGAGUCCUUCUGUUGCUAAAUGCAUUGACAGGAAAGGGUCUCAAGCUGACAGUACUGGUUCUGCUAACAAAAUGUCAGUUUAUGUUCCCGAUACAACUAAUGGUCACGGAAUGAUAACCCCGUACCCUUACAUGUCACCACCCUUUUUUGGAAUAUGGAAUGACCCAGUUGGUUGGGCAUUAAAAAAAAAGAAAGGGAAAGGGACUGCUGCUAGGCAACAACAGUCCAUUCAAUUCAAUCCCAAUUCUAGGAAAAAUACUAUAAGAUUCAUAAACAAACCAUCAUCGAAUAUUGAUUUGUUACAAUGUGUCAAACAAAUAAGAAUAAAAUAUUUCAGAGGUAUUUACAGUCGCGAUAAUUUACCACAAAAAAUACACAGAUUGGAAACAGAAAUAAUUAAUCUUGAUGAUUCGCCAGGGGGAGGUAGUCAUUGGAUUUGUUAUAGAAAUGUGGAUAAACAAUAUUGUGAAUAUUUUGAUCCGUUCGGAUUAAUCAUGAUAAAUGAAAUCAAAAAUUACCUGAAAACAAGAGGUAAAAAAAUGGUGUACUCAUCAGAUGAAAUAUAACAUAGGGACAGUGUUUUAUGCCGUUACUGGUGCUUAUAUUAUCUUUUAGAGAGACAAAAGGGUAGAUCAUUAUUAGACGUUAUAUACAACCCCAAAUUCAGUUUCACAAAUCAAAUGAUAAAUCACCAAUUUCUGAUAAACUAUUUUGUGUAAUCCUAUUAUAGAGAAUGUCAAAAAAGUCCUGUGUGUAUUGCCAAGAAAUUACUCCGCAUUAUGUGAAUGAAUAUGGACGUUCUGAGUGCUGCAACUGCGAGCCCUUGAGUGAGAGUGAUUAUGAGUCAGAUAGCAGCCAUGAUACUUAUGUUCCAGACAGUAGUGAUAGUGAAUAA